AUGGCUAUUAUUUCUCUUAUCACAUUGGCCUUGGCCGUUUCACCGGUCAUGGCACGCCCUCGUCCCCAACUCGGCGGUCUUAUUCCUACAGCCCUCCCCGGUGGCGCCGGUAGCCUCCCAUCCGAUCUCCCCGGCUCCGGAGGCGGCAAUGGUGGCCUCGGCGACUUGCUCGGAGGAGGAGGUGCAGGCGGCGGUCUCGGUGACUUGCUAGGGGGAGGAGAAGGAGGAGCAGGUGCAGGCGGCAACGGAGGUGGUGAUCUAGGCAGUAAACUCGGCGACUUGCUAGGUGGCCUCUUUGGGGGCAACGGCGGCGGUAGCGGCGGAGGCAACACUGACGCUCCUACCGCAACACCCGGAAGUGCUGCAGACUCCUCCCGCGGCAGAAACGGCGGCGGCAGAAAAGACUCGCCUUCCCUGGCCCCAGGCUCCGGAACCGAUGAUGCCACCGCGGCACCAACUCUCGUGCUUACGCCUGGCAGUGGCCUCGAAGGUCCAGGUACAGCUCCUAACGGCGUUAUCCCAACUUUCGUUGCUGGACCCGGCAACGGCUUCGGACAAGGCAACAGUCCUGGCACACCUAGUGCUCCCGCUCAAACCCCCGGAAACGGUGAUCAGCCUGGAGGCGGCCUACAAACACCGCCCAGCAGCGGAACCCAACCCGGCCCUAUCAUCCCUACCUUUGUUGCUGGGCCUGGCAACGGCUUCGGCGAGGGCAACACUCCCGGAACACCUGGCGCUCCCGCCCAAACCCCUGGAAGUGGUGAACAGCCCGGCGGUGGUCUACUAACACCUCCUGCCAGCGGAACUCAGCCCGGCCCCAUCAUUCCCACCUUUGUUGCCGGACCUGGUAACGGCUUUGGAGAGGGUAACACUCCUGGAACACCCAGUGCUCCAGCUCAGACUCCUGGAAGCAGUGAUCAGCCUGGAGGCGGCCUCCUAACCCCCCCUGACAACGGAUCUCAGCCCGGAGGUGCCAUUCCUACUUUUGUUGCUGGACCCGGCAAUGGCUUUGGAGAAGCUAGCAACUCUGAUAGCUCCGAUGCUCCCGCUCAGACACCUGACAGCGAAGACCAGCCCGGCUCAACCCUGCCCAGUGCUGACCUAACCCAACCCGCUGGCGAUGGCCAGGCCGGAGGUGCCAUUCCUACUUUCGUUGCUGGCCCAGGAAAGGGUUUCGGAGAGGGUAACAACUCUGACGCACCUGAGGCUCCUGUUCAAACACCAGGCAGCGACAGUGGAAGCCAGCCCGGCGAGGAUGUUGCUCAGCCCGGUGACGAACAAACGCAGCCUAGUGGCGGUCUUCUCCAGCCUGGCGGUGAUCAAACACAACCUGGUGCCGUCAUUCCUACUUUCGUUGCUGGCCCAGGAAACGGCUUCGGCGAGGGUAACGCUCCUGCUCCCACCCCUACAGCUGGAGCUGGUCUUGGUGGCGGCAACGGCGAUUCUACUGACGCCCCUGAGGCUCCUGUCCAGACACCAGGCAGUGGCAGAGGAGGUCAGGCCGGAGACCAGACUGGAGACGGGGCCGGUAACCAGGCUGGAGGUGCCAUUCCUACCUUCGUUGCCGCUCCCGGCCAAGGAUUCGGUGGUAACCAGAACCAGAACCAGGGCUCGGGCUUCCAAAGACGAGUUCGACGCUCCAUGUAA